AUGAAGUUGAAAAGAGAGAAGCAGGAGAGCUCUGACCAUAGAGGUUCAAAGGGGGUAAUGACGCUUUCGCUCGCACUGGUAGCACUGAUAUCUGCAUUUGGAUCUUCUUUCCAGUACGGCUACAACGUGUCUGUGAUCAAUUCUCCAGCCCCAUACAUGCAAGAGUUUUACAACCAAACCUACCUCGACAGGCAUGGAGUGCCUAUGGACAGCGGCUUCCAGACAUUUCUCUGGUCUCUUACUGUGUCCAUGUUCCCUCUGGGUGGUUUUUUUGGGUCCCUCAUCGUGUGGCCUAUGGUCAACAACUGCGGCCGAAAGGGCACUUUGCUGAUAAAUAACAUCUUGUCCAUUACUGGUGCAAUCCUUAUGAGCACCUCAGAGCUAGCAAAAUCCUUUGAAGUAAUCAUCCUUGCACGUGUUCUCAUGGGAAUCUACGCCGGUCUGGCCUCCAAUGUGGUUCCCAUGUUCCUUGGAGAAAUGGCCCCCAAGAAUCUGCGAGGCGCUAUAGGGGUGGUGCCCCAGCUCUUCAUCACCAUUGGGAUCCUCGUAGCUCAGUUGCUUGGUCUCAGCUUCAUCCUUGGGAAUGACUCGGGCUGGCCUGUGCUGCUGGGGCUCACGGGGAUCCCGUCGCUGAUUCAGCUCGUUAUAUUGCCCUGCUUCCCCGAGAGUCCCAGGUAUCUGCUGAUACAAAAGGGCAAGGAAGAGGAAGCACGAAAAGCUCUGCGGAGGCUGAGAGGCUGGGAUGAUGUGAAUGAUGAGAUAGAAGAGAUGCGCCGAGAAGACCAGUCCGAAAAGGAAGAAGGCCAAUUCUCUGUUCUCAGCCUGUGCACCUUCAAAGGCUUGCGAUGGCAGCUCAUCUCUAUUAUAGUCAUGAUGAUGGGCCAGCAGCUCUCUGGGAUUAAUGCGGUCUUCUACUACGCAGACAGAAUCUUCCAGUCGGCUGGUGUGCAGGAAAACAACGUUCAGUUCGUCACUGUCUCCAUAGGUGCCAUCAACGUUGUCAUGACUUUGGUUGCUGUUUUCAUUGUGGAAUCCCUGGGGAGGAGAAUCCUUCUCCUUGCUGGCUUUGGGUUGUGCUGUGUCUCCUGUGCAGUGUUGACUUUGGCUCUCAAUCUCCAGACCACAGUCCCGUCGAUGUCGUACCUCAGCAUCACGUGUGUCAUUGUGUACAUCAUUGGACACGCUAUUGGAGCCAGUCCCAUUCCCUCCGUGAUGAUCACGGAGAUGUUCCUGCAGUCAUCCCGGCCCGCGGCGUUCAUGGUGGGUGGGUCUGUGCACUGGCUAUGCAACUUCACUGUGGGCCUUGUGUUCCUCUACAUGGAGGCUGGGCUGGGGCCCUACAGCUUCCUCAUCUUCUGUGCCAUCUGCCUUGCCACCAUGGUUUACGUCUUCUUUAUUGUUCCUGAGACAAAGAACAAAACCUUCAUGGAAAUCAACAAGAUCAUGGCCAAGAGGAACAAGGUGGAGAUUCGGGAAGACAAAGAGGAGCUCAAGAAUGUCGAACCUGUCCCAGGUGGGCAGGCAGAGAAGAAAGAAAACUUCAGCACUAAGCUGUGA